GCACGCGCAGUCCCAACAUGUGGUAUCGGAGCCCAGGUUCUUGCGGGCGGGAGUAGCGGACUGUGCAGUAUGAGGCCUUUUGGGAGGUGCCCAAAAACAAAUCCGUGAGGGCUUGGCCCAGAGCGGACAAUAUCAUACUAAUGCGGGGUUGGGGUGAGGGCACGCGCAGUCCCAACAUGUGGGUGAGGGCACGCGCAGUCCCAACAUGUGGUAUCGGAGCCCAGGUUCUUGCGGGCGGGAGUAGCGGACUGUGCAGUGUGGAAAAAUCUCGGUGUGACGGUGUAACUAGGACCAAGACCAAGACCAAGAAAGAGGAUCUGCAGGUGGUGCCUUGUGUCGAAAGUUUUCCCGACGAGAGGAGGUCGGGCGGCGCGUCCCGUGAAGUUAUAGUCACGGCGGUACAGGAUGAUUUGGCGGAUCAAAUGGUGUAGCCUAGCGAAGGAAAGAUCUGCGGUUCGAGCCUUGCGUCGAAAGUCUUCCCGACAGGAAGUCGGGCGGCGUGUCCCGCAAAGAGUGUGCGGCGGUGCAAGAUGUCUUACGCGCUUAAAAUCCCAACAAUUGGUAUCAGAGCCAAGUUACAUUUGGGACGGAGGGAUUUCUAAGCGGUAAGAGAAGAAAGUCGAAGAACUUGAAAAAUGACAUCAGUAAAAAGUUCGAAUGUUUCCGUCGAACCUUUCGAUGGACGUGGCGAUUUUACUCUGUGGCAACAACGAGUAAAAAGUGUUCUUACUCGGGAAGGGACAAUCAAAGCUCUGAAGGUGA